UAAUGAUUUGGCCACGGGGAAGACAGAGGUGAGUCGAGGAAACUAGUCAACUCUACACAAACGAACAGAAGCUCAGCUGAGAAACGUUCUAAAAGCCAUGAACAUUCAGAAUACUGCCGUUGGAGUAGAAAAGAAGAAAAACCUGCACGUGCAUCCAUCCCUGCAAAUAUGUCUGAUAAAACACCCUCAAGGUUUUUUGAUCAAAAAUACAUUUCAAAAAGAAGCUUCCGGAAAAACAUCAUAAGCAAAAGACAUUAUGUACCUCAAGUGUCCUCUGUGGAUGUAGGUGACGGUGGCAUUUGCACAAUCGAUAGUGAUUCGGACUCAUCUUAUAAUGAUGGUGCCAACUCCCUCUCAGGGAAUGGCAACAUUGAAAUGAUCUAUUUAAACCCCCAGACUCCGACUUGGACUCUUGCAGAGAGGUUUGCUGAACUUUCAUCUGGAGAAAAGGGACUUUGUUCAGAAGCUUUCUGUGGUCCAGGUUCCCCUGCGCCUGAAAGAAACGGUGUCAGUAGAAGAAAGGGAUGUGAUGGCGACACAGUGCGCGAGAAAAUAGCCCGCUGCAUUUCGAACAAAAGUCACGACCAAAGCAAACACGGUUGCACCCAUCCAAAACUGCCAAAGGGGACAACAAUCGAUGCAGUAAAUCCUGAGGCACCCUUGGGUGUAUGUGGUGACAGGGAGGUAGAGGAAGGCGGAGGAAAUCUCCCUCUCAAAGAUGCGACUAUGUUGGAUGCCUGCGAGGAUGGCAAGGUGCCGCUGGUUUUUGCGGCGAUGAAAAAACGGGGGGUGGAAGGAGACUCGGAGAACCGCCCUUACAAGUGCACCCACUGCAACUGGGCCUUUAAGAAGUCGAGCAACCUCCAGAGUCAUCUGGACACGCACAGUGGCUUGAAGCCUCACGUUUGUGAGCUGUGCGGCAAGGCCUACUCUCACCAAGGCACCUUGCAGCAGCACAAGCGCCUCCACACGGGCGAGAGACCGUACCACUGUCCCUUCUGCGUCAAAACCUACAUCUGGUCGUCGGACUACCGCAAGCACAUCCGCACGCACACCGGCGAGAAGCCGUACGUGUGCGACGCCUGCGGCAAGGAUUUUGUGCGCUCCUCGGACCUGCGCAAGCACGAGCGCAACAUGCACACCAACGACAAGCCGUUCCCUUGCGCCGAGUGCGGCAAGACCUUCAACAAGCCGCUCUCUCUGCUGCGCCACGAGCGCACCCACCUGGGCGAGAGGCCCUUCUGCUGUCCCGACUGCGGCAAGGCGUUCGCCGUGGCGAGCCGCAUGGCGGAGCACCAAAAGGUCCACACGGGCCUGAGGCCGUACACCUGCGCGGUGUGCGCCAAGUCCUUCACCAAGUCCUCCAAUCUCCUGGAGCACAAGGCGGUUCACAGCGGCGUGCGGCCCUACAAGUGCUCCGAGUGCGGGGUGGCGUUCGCGAUGGCGUCGCGCCUGGUGCGCCACCAGCGCGUCCACACGGGAGAAAAGCCCUUCGUGUGCACGGGCUGCAGCAUGAGCUUUAGUCGCACGGCCGCCCUGAAACGCCACCAGGAGCAAGCGUGUGCCGGAAGGAUCUUUGUCUGUGUGGAGUGCGACAAGUCUUUCCAGUGCGCCUCACAGCUCACGCAGCAUAUGCAAAGCCACAAGUCCAAGAAUGCCUGAUUUGAGUGCUCGUCAAGACCAUUGUUACACCUUACUUUCUGCAAAGCCCUUUGUUAAAACAAUGUGUUUCUUUAGGAUCAGUCGGUAAUACAGAUAUUAUGUGUAACCGCAAAUAUUUGUGAGGUUUGACUGUUGCUGUUGUUGUUGUGCUUUUUGUCCAAUCGAUACACAACACUAGAAUAACAGAUUGAUAAUAAUUUCAUAGAGCUUAUGCACAGAGUGCACAUUUAAAAAGCAUUGUUUGGUUUUAUGUUCUUUUUCAACUACAGAGCUUUGAAAUUCACUAAAUCAUCCUUCAUUUUUACCUCAACACGCCAAGUCUUCCAGUUCUUCCAAACUGUCAUUUUCUCAACUUUUUUUGCUCUAAACAGUUAUGAAACCUAAUUCAUGAUCAAAGAUAGUGUGCACACAAUGUGAUGGGGACAUUCUGUUACUGUUUAUUCCUUUUUGUGUAGAUCAGACGGACUGAAAAGGAACGCAGGACCAAAUGACAUUGCUCUUAACAUCAAAUGAAUGUACAUUCUUUUGGCAGUUAUAUUGUACACCAAUUCAUGCAGUGGUGAUCAUUUUACAUAUUUGGACACAAACGAAAAUCUUGUUUUAAAACUUGAUUUAUACUAUACCUCUUGGUGAGUUUCAAAAUAUCUGUUCUUGUUUUGUCAUUUGAGUAUGUCUUUGUUUCAAAUAAUUUAGCUAAUGUAUCCAAUUUUGAGAUUGUAGAUGUAUUUAAUGUGGACAGUUAAGUAAUAAGAGUAGGGCUAAGACUCACUUGUGACUGUAAUUUUUUGUGUGGAUUUGGUUGAUUUGUUAGAAAAAUAUAAACCAAAUUACAUAGCUCCAGUUACGGAACAAUUCUGAAGUGUUUUGCAGUAAUUAGUUUGUUAGAUCUAUCACUGAUCAUUUUGACAAAAACCACCAUAUUGCAUUUGAGCUUCACCUGAGCACUAAUUUAAAACGAGUUAUACCUGUUUUUAUUCUUCUUCCAUAAGUAUGUAUUGAUUCAAUAUUAUUUAUUAACCAAAACAAUAUGUAUUUAUAAAUUUUAUUUUGGAAUAAUCUUUAUUUGACAAUACUGAUACAGUAAACAGGAAACUGCUUUGUGCAAUAUAGAACAGUACGGACUGGUUUAAUAAAUUAUCUUAGAAACCAGGACAUGUAAUGUCCUCAUUUUGGGGAUGUGUACAUCUUCAAUAAUUGUUUUAAUACAUCCCUUGAUAAUAUUUAAUCCCAAAAGGUAAGCCACAAUGAAAUAUUUGGUCUAUUGGGUGAAUUCAAAAUGAAUAUUUGAAACAAUGUAACAAGACAAUGUACAGUAUUGUACAUAUAUAUCUGCACAAUAUGGCUUAAUAUCACAUUGUACGUUUUACACAGCCAAUGUUGCUGUGUGUGAUGUAUGUUAUUGCUUGAAUGCUACAACUAGUUUUCUGCCAAAACGUUUCUGGUGCCUUACAGAACCUAGGUAUUAGCAGAGCUUGGAAGGUAAAUGAAACCAAACCCAGUAGCUAAUUAGCUACUUUUAGCUAUAAGCUAAUUUCUAAACAGUGCCUCAACACAUCUGCUCUCCCAGUACACCAGUUCUGUCCAGUUUUAUCAUAUUUAUCAUCUAAUGCAUAUUUCUGUACGUGGAGGUAAAACCGUGUUAAAAACAGAAGAAAAAAACAAGCCCUCAAACAUGUUUCGGGUUUAAACAUGUAGAAUGAUUGGAAUAUUUAUAAGCACACUUCAUUUUAAUUUAAAGUUGAAUGUACUCUUUUUCUUUUCUCUUUGCAUAUUUUUUCCUUUGACAUUUAAAGAAUUGUUACAUUUUGGACGUCAAUUGUAUUGUUUUACAAAGUACAAUCAGAGCCUUAUUCUACAACCUUUACGAAGGUAAUAGAAUGGACUUUUUAAGCACUUAUAUAUAUUAACUUGUGAUAGAGCUUUCAAGUACUCAGGGACACUUGAUUUAGUGCUAUCCCAGUAUGAAUUAUUUGUUGGUACCUUUAGCUCUAUUGCUAAUUGGUUUACAUUAAUUUCCUGGUAAAUGCUAUGCUAUCAUGUGUCAGUAAACACAAUGUUAUUUAGCACUGUUCCAUUUUUAUCUUGGUAAAAAUGUACAGAGUUGAAAACUGAGAACCGUGCCUUAUUUUAAUUGGUGACUUGAAUGAGUCCCACACUUAAAACCAAUUGCACUUUGUUCAGUGUAACUGAAUAUAUCCUUUUUAUGAACUGUAAUUGAACCUGUCAGAGAACAUGGAUGCAAACAUAAUGCAUUAAAAUAUUUAUUUUGAUUGUGAUCAGAACGGUGGCGUUUUCAUUCGGUGCUAGUUUACGUUAGUUGGCCUCCACAUCUCAAUGCAUGCUCUUAAGAAACAAUCAAGGACUAAGCGGCCCCACCCAUCCGACUCCCACAGUCACUCCAGCACAUGAUUGGUAUCGUGAGGAAAGCUGAUUGGACCAAUUGAAACAGAAUUGAAAUUGAACCCUGUUCAGAUUAAAACAGUUGGAGGAGUGCCAAAUAGAACACAAUCUAUUCCAGUAAGUGUGGCCUCUCUCGGCUGGUCAGUCGGUCUGUCUGUCUAUUCAUAACUACUGCAGUUUUCACUGUUCUCACAUCCUCGCAGACCAUUUUAAGAAUGCACAUUCAUUUCCAUGGCCACAUGGGGCCAAGAACACUGUUAUAGGCUUUUUGUAUAACACAUUGGAAUAAAUAUAAACAUAAUGUAGUUCACAAAGCACGUACCUGGUGCCGUUCUGCUGCUGGAGAUUUGGGUUUGUUAGGAAAAAGAAUCACAUAAUAAUCUCCUGAAAAUAUCAAGUUUUGACAUAAUGUCUGUCAUCAAAGGACAAAUUAUAUUUUCCUCAUAAAAUGCUAAUUUUGUGUUCACUGCCUCUGUCAUAAUUUGAAUUAAAAAAAUAUGUACAUAAAUAUACAAAUAAAUACGACAUUUUCUUUACAAUUAUGCAUCACGACAAAGUGGCAGGAGCCUGGGAAGGGACCUGGAUCUGCUUUAUCCAAAUCCUCUUCCUGCAUGUUUGGCUCAUACUUAGACACCAGUUGUAGUCACACUGCAAACUAAUGGUAAAAGGAGAUGCCAACAGCCGCGUUGUGAAAUUCCUACCCCAUUUCAGAGCUCCCUGAAAGGCAUUUGAUUAUGGCUUGGCGUGGCUUUUUGGUUCUUUAUUUUUAACAAGGGUUCAUUUUCACUUCAGUUUUCAUUUGAAUUUGUUAACACUGUGAACACAGUCCCCCCUAUACAUGAGAUAGGCCUAAAGAUUGUAUAAGACCAAGGGCUAUUACUGACUUAAUGAACUGAAUGCACUUAAUGAACAAUAUAGUACAAAGAUACAGUUAUCAACAGUACUGAAACAUUCAAUGCAUUCAUUAUAUGCACAGCAAUUUAAUGAAAAAAGUAUUCAACAAAUAGGAUUAUGGAUUAUGUCAAUUCUGUUGAAUGGCAUACAUUACAAACAAAAAACAUAACAAUUUUGUAUGGUGUUUCACAUUCCAUGAUCAGUACAGUAUACAGUACACCAAAAAUGUAAUUAGUAACAUGCCCUGCAUGUACUCCCAUUGCUAUACACAUGUUCUCCUUGUCCUUGAAACACUCUCCUUCGUAGAAGUCUCUGCCAUGGAACAAGUUUUGCUACAGGGCAUGUUAACAACCCACACCAGUUUGGCUAUCUUCACAGGGAAUGAAGGGAGCUCAGAUGCGUAGCCUAAAGCCUUGGGGAGAUCCAUCCCAAACCUGGUCUCCCUCUCCCCCACAAACCAGCUGCCACAUAACAUCAACCAUCUCAGGCCUUACAGAGACAUCGAGUACGUCGACGUUAUAGAUCACUACCCAUACUUUGGCACAAAGUAUUCAAGGGUCUCUGUCUUUGUCAAAUAGUCUGUAGCUAACUGGUAUCUGGGACCCUUACAUUUUCAUUGUUUAGGUGCAGAGAUAGAGACGGAAAGCUGAGGGAAAUUUGCUGCAACUUCUAGGUAGACACUAAACACUGUCACAAUGCUCCACAUGGGUUGUUUUACUGUGUUCACAGUUAAAUGCCAGCCCUGAGAUGAUUUAAAGGUAAAGAUGUAGACCAGUGAAGAUGUCUCUUCUCAUGGUUUGAAAAGGACGUGGUUAACUACGGCGUGAGAAAAAGAGAGUGUUGGAGAAGUGGGCGCGGGGUCAGGGUUUCCUUUGGGCACUUUUUGGUCAAACAUGCACUUGCUUUUGACUUUGUUCCAAAUAAAUCUUUGUGGAACGCUGAUGUAUGUCACAUUAUCUAUUGUCUAUGGUCUAUUAACAAUUUCAUCAAGCCUCAAUUUCUUCGUCCCCAGUUUUCACCUGUUUGCUUACUCUGUGAGCCCUACUAUAAGCACUGGAGAGAAUCACAAGACCAAGUUUAUAUGGCUUCAAAUCAAAAGAUCGUUUGCUCAUAUGAAUGGUUCUAUUGUCUUUGUCAUCUAUCCAGGUUUGUAAGUCAGAAUCCCUUUAUUCACCUCCCUUUGCCAAACCCAAGUGGCUCCAAGGAGUUUCCCCAUCAGCUUUCACCUGUCAUAGUCCCCUCAGGGAAUGUAUUUCUGUAACGUCCUACCACAUGUUGAGCAAAUGUUGUAGGGUUAAAGGUCAUCCUAUAAAAAGACCUGGUCUGGUGUUGGGGUGUGCUUUGGGUAGUUUGGGCCUUCUCUUCACUGGUCACUGAGUCCUAUGUAACUUGCACCUUGCUUUGAUACAUUUAGUUUGCCUGCUUGAUUUAAGAUUAUAAGAUUAUGUUUCCUGGAAACACUGAUUUGUUGAAACAUUAGUCACUUUAACACAAAUAAUUCAAGUAUUCAUGAUGAUGUUAGCUUUUUGAUAGACAUUGGUAUAUUAUUUGUGAAACAGAACCUUCUGAAAGCUUGUAUAAUCCAGCUAUCCUGCAUGAAAACAAGACAACUAUUAUGUUAGGCAAUGUCAAAGUGUCCUUGAAAACAACCUAGCCAGAUUAAUGUCUAAAAUGUUGGUACACAAAAACUAUUUUAAGAUUGGUCAGAUGCUGGUGGUAUUUAGAGACCAAUGUUCAAAGCUUGUGUUGAGUUUUUUGCUUCAGUUUUACUGCUAGAGAAUUU